AUGCUUUCACAGCAAGUGCGUGUCUUGCGCAAUAACGUCCGCACGGCGCAAAAGUCCGGACGACGGACACCUUGUGCCACCUUCUCGGUCUCCUCUCGAUGCAACAACUACGAUGACACCAUUCAAAAUCUCAAAAUCGGUUCGCACACACGCGUGAUAUUCCAGGGAUUUACCGGAAAACAAGCCACUGCGAAUGCAAGAGAGUCGAUAGAAUGGGGGACCAAUGUGGUUGGCGGUGUGAAACCCAACGGCUCAGGAGAGCAUCUUGGGCUGCCUGUAUUGCCGUCUGUGAGGGCCGCGAUGGAACAAUUGAAGCCAGAUGCCACGGGAAUCUAUGUGGCAGCUCAUCAGGCGACAGCUGCAAUUGAAGAGGCCAUUGAAGCCGAGGUGCCGCUUAUCGUCGCAGUUGCCGAACACAUUCCGUUGCAUGAUAUGAUGAGGAUACAUUCGAUGCUGCAGUCGCAGUCCAAGUCGCGGCUCGUUGGUGCCAAUGCCCCUGGUAUCAUCUCUGCUAUUGGGAAGUGCAGGAUCGGGUUCCAACCACUCCCAACGUUCUCUCCUGGGCACAUCGGCAUUGUAGCAAAAUCUGGCACGCUCUCAUACGAGACCGUAGGAUCUCUAACGCGAGCUGGUGUUGGUCAGAGUCUAUGCAUCGCAGUAGGAGGUGACGUGAUCGCUGGGACCAACUUUGUCGAUGCCUUGAAAGUUUUUGAGCAUGACGAAGAUACCAAAGCUAUCAUCAUCGUCGGCGAACUAGGCGGUACAACAGAAGAGGAGGCGGCGGACUGGAUCAAUGACUACAAGAGGCGUGUUAAGAAUCCGAAACCUAUCGCCGCUGUGAUUGGGGGAUUCGAAGCGCCGCACGGAAAGGUAAUGGGUCAUGCAGGCGCGUGGGUUGGUCUGGGAGAAGGCACUGCGGCUUCAAAGUACAAGGCGCUUGAAAAUGCCGGUGUGACUAUGGUGGAUCAUCCUGCUAAAUUUGGCGGUGUGAUGAAGGAUAUUCUUGCAAAGGCCGGUGGCAAUGUGAAGAAAACUGAACAAUCCGCCACUCAACAACGCCGCUCAUAUCAUACUUCAAACUUCACACGGAGACCUGCCUUUUCCGCUAGACCGUCAAUCGUGCCUCAACAAAGACGUACUCUCCAUCUCACCCGAGACCAAUCUACAAACCUCCUCAAAGAGUACAAGAUCAACUUAACUGUACCACCUGAGGGUUCACCGUCAACACAUUACCUAGGAAUAUCCCCCAAUCGCUCAGCCCGCAGUCCUUCAAUCAUCGCAUCACCCACCGCAAAUGCUUCCACACUCAACCAACGCGUCCGUCGCUUUCCCUUUGAUUACCGUGCAGGCCCCAGUUCAGAGACCAUACAAGCCGCAAUCACACACAUGCAACUCGACGCUGCACCACCUAAAGCUAAAGCUCAAACAGUCGAAUUGAUUAAGAAUCUCUGGAAGCUAUACAAAGAGAAGGAAGCCAUAGACACGCAUGUCAAGCUCGCUCUGUCUGUAGAGAGCGACGAGAUGCUUGUUUACGAACCAUACCUGUUCUUCGACGACGCAGCGUUCAAGUCAGGAAAACGACAAGCUGAUCUUCACACUCUACGCGGCCAAGCCUCUAUUUCCGCUACAGAUCGAGAAGCAGAAGAAGCGGGUAUUGUUUAUAUACCUUUAGGUUCUCCUGAAUUUCCUGCUGGCACUACUCAGGCGGAGACUCAAACGCCACCGUCCUCUACUACUGAAGAAGGACCGCGAAAUCUGAUAGGUACUCUGGUCAACGGUGCUGGACUCGCGUUGAACACGGUUGACACGCUUUCUCUGCGUCUGUCUCAACCGCCUUACUCGACUUCUGCUGCCAACUUCCUCGACACGGGUGGCAAGGCGACGUCCGCCACUAUCAAGACCUCGUUUAAGCUCAUCUUAUCUGAUCCCCGCGUUUCCGUUGUCUUUGUAAACAUCUUUGGAGGACUGACGUUGUGCGAUAUGAUCGCCGAGGGAAUCAUAAUGGCUUUCAAGGAGAUUGGAGUAGACAAACCAGUCGUCGUUAGAUUGAGGGGAACAAAUGAAGAGAAAGGACAAAAGGUGCUGGAAGAAGCUAAACUGCCCAUUCAUGCAUUUGACGACUUUGAAGAGGCAGUCAGCAAGGUUGGAGAACUAGCUAAUGCUAGAGGAUUGUAA